GGAAGAGAGAGCCAGGAGCCCUGCGAAGCUGACCCUGCAGGCAGACGGGCAGAUGGGCAGAUGGGCCAGUGGGGGAGGAGGGGAUGACGCCAUUGGCCCCUGAGGAGCACAAUGCCCACGCCUGGGCCCCUGACCCCGCCACUGUGCCCACCCUGCCCCCUCCCUGUUGCCAUCGAUUGCAGCGGCCCAGCCGGACAGUGGCGGCCCUGCUUCUUGGACUGGACUGCCAGGCCCUCCUCGUGUGCUUCCCUGAGGUGCCCCCAAAGUCAAGUCCUGCCUCCCCACCCCUCACCCAGGCUGAGAGGGGCUCAAAACUGAGGGGAGGCGGUGGGCUACAGGAGGCUGGUGUGCCCAGGCCUCGUUGGCUGUCCCCACAGGUCCCAUUGCAGGCUCUGAGCUGGCCUUGGUGUGGGAGCGCCCACUGGUGCUGCCCUGCCAGGUGGAGGGUGAGCCGCCUAUGUCCAUUUCCUGGCGGCGGGAUGGACUGGCCUGACCAAUGCCAGCAGCACCACCCUGAUGCCCAACGGCUCCCUGCAUCUGGCCGCCCCGCCCUCUCACUGGAGCCUCCCCUCCCGUGCCCACGAGUCGCACUGUGUGGCCCAGAACUGCCUGGUGCUGGUAGGCCCAGAUGCAACUGGCAAGCCUGUCCUGCUUCCAUCAACAUCCAGUCUGUCAAGGAGGAGCCGGGUGGAUCACCUGCUUCCAGCGCAUGACCUGGGGAGUGCCUGAGCCUUCCAGUUCCUGGGAACACAACGGCGUGACGUUGAGUACCGCUGACCACAGUGGGAUCCCCACAGCUGCUGCAGGAGCCAGAGAUCCUGUCUGGGGCUCAGAACCCGAGGCUGCAGUGCUGGAAUGCAUUGCCACAGGCCACCCACGGCCACUGGUCUCCUGGAGCCGCCCGGGUGGCUGCUCCGUCAGUGUAGAGGGCAUCCAAGUCCCGGGCCCUGGGAACCUCGUGAUCUCUGAAGUGUUGGUCCAGCACUCGAGCGUCUACGUCUGCGAGGUCAAUGGGCCCAGAACUCAGAUCCAACGAUAG